AUGGCAGCAGCAGUAGCAGCAGCUACCUCCUCCGGGGCGUUCGAGCCCAAGACGCGCAAACGCGUCCUGAGAGUCAUUGCCGUCUCUCUCCUCCUCGAUCUUAUCUCCUUCACCUUCAUCCUCCCGCUCUUCCCGAAGCUCCUCGAGUUCUACCGUGACCGCGAAGCCGGCCCCGCGACCGCAAACGCCACCGAGCCCGCGACCCUUCUCCAGAGCGUUCUCUCCGGCCUCAACCGCUACAAGGCCGCCUUUGCCCGCCCCAUCGACUCGCGCUACGACAUCGUCCUCCUCGGCGGCGCCCUCGGCUCCCUCUUCAGUCUCCUGCAGGCCAUUGCCUCCCCGCUUAUUGGCCACCUCUCCGACCGUCAUGGCCGCCGUACCGCUCUCCUGGCCUCCAUGUGCGGCAACAUUCUCUCCGUCCUGCUGUGGGUCGUCGCCGUCGAUUUCCGCACCUUUGUCGCGUCGCGUGUUGUCGGCGGACUGUCUGAGGGCAACGUCCAGCUUGCGACUGCCAUGGCGACCGACAUCUCCGACGAGCAGAGCCGCGGAUCGACCAUGGCGCUCAUCGGCGCAUGCUUCUCCAUCGCCUUUACCUUCGGACCGGGUCUGGGCGCAUGGUUGAGCAGCAUCAGCACCGUCAAGGAGAACCCCUUUGCGACCGCCGCCGGAUUCAGCUUGUUCCUCAUCCUCACCGAGACGCUGUACCUCUACUUCUGCCUGCCCGAGACCCUGCCCUCGUUGACCGGCAAGGGCGCCAAGAAGGACGAGAAGACCAAAACCUCUGCCGCGCCCAUCCAGCGAACCAACUCUCACUUCCUCCUCAACGCCGUCCACUUCGUCUUCCUACUCUUCUUCUCCGGCAUGGAGUCCUCGCUCUCCUUCAUGACGUAUGAGCUCUUCGCGUUCGGAUCCGCCAAGAACGGCCGCCUCCUCGGCUACGUUGGCCUCGUCGCCUCGAUCCUCCAGGGUGGUGUCACCCGCCGCCUGCCGCCCCUGCUCUCCGUUCGCAUGGGCACCGUCGCCUGCCUCGUCUCAUUCAUCCUCCUCGGCCGCAUCUCGACAACGGGCGGUCUUUACGCGGCGGCUACUUGUCUGGCGGUGACGUCAUCGACGGUCGUCACUGGUCUCAACACCCUGAGCAGUUUCGAGGCUGCCGAGGGCGAGCGCGGAGGCAAGCUGGGUAUCCUCCGCAGCUGGGGCCAGCUUGGCCGUGGUCUUGGACCGAUUCUGUUCACCAGCGUGUACUGGUGGGCUGGCCGUGAGGUCGCCUACAGCAUGGGUGCCGCGGGCAUGGCUGUUGUGACGGCGGUGGUGUUUGCCGGGCUCAAGACGCCGCCUGGUUCAUUGAAGAAGAAGGUUCCCGCUGAGAAGAAGACGGCAUAA